UGCCCUUCUCAUUGCUCAUUGUAAUCUUCCGUAUCGAAUCCCUUCCACAAUCCGCUUUCAUUUUUCCUCUCUUCCCAAAUCCCUUCCCCUGUCUCUGAUUAUCCAGCCAGAUGGGUGUGGCCGUCAUCCAUCCUCGAGAUUGCUUAAACAAUUCAUCUUUUCCCCAACCCCUUCCCUCUUCUCUCCCCAAAAUGAAAGUUUUGACGUCUCAUCCCGCUCCUAACCCUAAAGCCAGCCGGAGCGGCCGUGGCCGCCCCAACCGUCCGAAGCGGGGUCCUUUACGUCCGCACGAUGAUUCACAGGCGACGCGAUCGACGUCCGCAUCCACUAUCAAACCGCUCCUCAAUAACCCUGUUAUGGGUCAAGUAAAAAUCCUCAAACGCGGCGAACUGCUCACCGACGCUCCGGCUCCGGCUCCCGUCGUUGAGCAGGCGGAUCAGGCAAAGACGGAUCUGGGAACGAUGGACGGGAUGAUUUCGAAUCGCGAGCUGUCUCCUGUUGGAGGACUGGCAGGAUUUUAUGCCGGAUCCUCUAUGUUCAUGGCAUCACCGCCGCCCAGUUCGGUGCCGUUGCCGGCUUUUUUCUCUAAGAAGGUUGUCACUGACGCUACGAGCGACCUGCGAAGGAUUCUGCGGUUGGAUCUGCAAUAACCUCAAGUAUUCUGUGACUGGAAGGAUUCGGACACUGGUCAAUGAUUGGGGCUUGUAACCCUCGAUCUUCUCUUAUUUUUUCAGCGGGAAGAUGGAGGGGACUGCUCUAAUUAUUUUGACGCUUUGUUCGGAUGACCACCGUACAUAGGAUUAUUUGGAUUUAGUUUAGCGUUGUUUAGAUGUUUCAGUAUUAUUAUCUUGUGUUGGAUCCGGUGGUAGGAUUUAAUUUAAUUAGGUCUUGCUUUCUCUACAGUUGUAUGAUAGGUAGAUGGGCUUAUGUUCUGUAGGUGUCCGUAGCAGUAGGUAUCUGGUGCAAGGAGAAUUUACCGGUGUUUGUUAUACUUGUACAAGUCUUUCGUGAGAUGUUAAUCCCUUUCUCAUCUAAAUUUCUUAUCUAAAUACAAAGAUGUGUGCUUUCUCCGAA